AUGUCCGUUGAGCCAGUGAACCAGCUCAGUGAAGAAAACCUGCUGGUUCUGACUGCUGCCACCAAGCAGACUGAGGGGUUCCAACGCUUCAGAAGAUCAGCCCAGUUCUUCAACUACAAAGUCCAGGUGCUGGGGCUGGAUGAGGAGUGGCAGGGUGGAGAUGACCAGAAUCCAGCUGGAGGUGGGCAGAAGGUCCGUCUCCUGAAAGCAGCUCUGAAGCAGUUUGGGGAUAAGGAGGACCUGAUCAUCCUUUUUGUAGACAGCUAUGACGUGCUCUUUGCUUCGGGCCCCACAGAACUGCUGAAGAAGUUCAAACAAGCCAAGAGCAAGGUGGUUUUCUCAGCAGAGAACUACAUCUACCCUGACAGAAAGUUGGAAGCCAAGUAUCCUCAGGUGCGAGAUGGAAAGCGCUUCCUGGGUUCUGGAGGCUUCAUAGGUUAUGCUCCAAACCUGAAGAAGCUUGUGGAGGAGUGGAAAGGAGAGGAUGAUGACAGUGACCAGCUCUUCUAUACAAACAUCUUCUUGGAUCCAGAAAAAAGAGAAAGUAUCAACAUCAGUCUAGACCAAAGAAGCCGGAUCUUCCAAAACCUAGACGGAGCACUAGAUGAGAUAGUCAUGAAGUUUGAAAACUCACGAGUGAGAGCAAGAAACUUGUUAUAUGACACCCUGCCUGUGGUGAUUCAUGGAAAUGGACCCACCAAGCUGCAGCUGAACUACCUGGGAAACUACAUUCCUCAAGUAUGGACAUUUGAGACUGGCUGCACUGUGUGUGAUGAAGGCCUGCGAAGCCUCACAGGGUUUAAGGAUGAGGCACUGCCAAUGAUCCUGAUUGGCAUUUUCAUCGAGCAGCCCACCCCAUUCCUCUCCCAGUUUUUCUUACGUCUUCGUAACCUCCAUUACCCGAAGCAACGAAUCCAGCUCUUCAUUCACAACAGUGAGGAACAUCACUUGAUGGAGGUGGACUCUUUUGUAGAAGAGCAUGGCAAAGAAUAUCUCUCUGUCAAGGUGAUGGGGCCAGAUGAUGAGGUGGAGAACGCUGAGGCACGUAACUUGGGCAUGGAUUUGUGCAGGAAUGAUCCUGACUGUGACUAUUACUUUAGCCUGGAUGCUGAGGUAGUUCUGAAGAACACAGAGACUCUGAGGAUCCUGAUCGAACAGAACAAGCUGGUGAUUGCCCCUCUGGUGAGCCGGCAUGAGAAGCUGUGGUCCAACUUCUGGGGAGCUCUGAGCCCUGAUGGAUACUAUGCCCGCUCAGAAGAUUAUGUGGAUAUUGUUCAAAGGCGGAGGGUGGGGCUCUGGAACGUUCCCUACAUCAGCAGCGCUUACAUGGUUAAAGCCAAGGCGCUGCGCUCGGAGCUUGACCGGGAAGAUCUUUUCCACAGUGGCAAACUGGAUGCUGACAUGGCUUUCUGCCACAACGUUAGGAAUCAGGGAGUCUUUAUGUACCUGACAAACCGGCACCAGUUCGGACACAUCCUGUCCCUGGAGAAUUACCAGACAACUCACCUCCACAAUGACCUCUGGCAAAUAUUCAGCAAUCCUGAGGACUGGAGAGAAAAAUACAUCCAUGAAAACUACACAGCAGCUCUGAAGGGGAAAUUGGUAGAAAUGCCCUGCCCAGAUGUUUACUGGUUCCCCAUAUUCACUGACACUGCCUGUGAUGAGCUGGUGGAAGAAAUGGAACAUUAUGGCCAGUGGUCCACAGGUGACAACACGGAUAGCAGAAUACAAGGAGGAUAUGAGAAUGUCCCAACUAUUGACAUACACAUGAACCAAAUUGGCUUUGAAAGAGAAUGGUAUAAGUUUCUUCUGGACUAUAUUGCACCCAUCACAGAGAAACUGUACCCAGGAUACUACACUAAGACUCAGUUUGAACUGGCCUUUGUGGUUCGCUACAAACCCGACGAGCAGCCGUCCCUGAUGCCCCACCACGACGCCUCCACCUUCACCAUCAACAUUGCCCUGAACCGAGUUGGGAUAGACUAUGAGGGAGGAGGCUGCCGGUUCCUGCGCUACAACUGCUCCAUCCGAGCUCCGCGGAAAGGAUGGACCCUCAUGCACCCGGGACGCCUGACCCACUACCACGAAGGGCUCCCGACCACCAAAGGGACUCGUUAUAUCGCAGUGUCCUUUCUUGACCCCUAGAGCAUUGCUUCCCAGCAAGGACCUUUCCCUGGCCCUGCUCGCUGCUGACUCUGAGUGGAAACAGGGAAUGCUGCUGAGAGUUUCUAAGGCAUUGUUCAAAGGUAUUUGGAUAUUGAUUUUUAAUGGUAUUUUAAGACUCCACUACUGGAAGAUCUCCCUCUCUGAUACUGCAGGUAAUAUCUAGGAAUAUUGCUGUAGAAUUGUGAAGGAGAUUUUGUGCCUUCAUUUUUGAUUGUGCUCCUCAUCCGCUGUUUCUUGGAAGUGCCAUUUACUUGAACCUUCUAUCACGGAGUGGUUGGCUUUAAAAAAUGCUUUCCUGGACUGGAAAUCCAGCUUUCUGGAGGCAAGUCACAAGCUGGAAGCCUGUUUUCAUCUACAGCUAUACAGGACUGGAUGUUAGACAAUAAUUCCUGGACACUAUUCCAAAUACAAAGCAAUCAGGGAGCUGAUUCCAGCAGUCAUAAGAGUUAAAUGUCACACCAGAUGAAAAUCAGCAGUAAGAGCCUGAAGAUCAUCUGAUUCCUUACCUCUUUGCAGUCCUUGCAAGCCUAUCACAAAGUUCAAAGCAGCAGCAGUGGCAAUAUAGGUGCUUCUGAUCAGCUGAAGGAAGGUCCUCUAAUGAUGCUUUACCUCUGGGAUUAGACUGAAGAGAUAAGACAGCCUCCCUACCUUUUGUUUCUGCAGCUAAGAGCAGCAGGGAUACCCACACAAAUUCAGACCAUCUCAGUCUGUGAAGAUCAGAUCUAAGAAAGGGAAGUCUGGGAACAACUGCAUCAGUCAGAAGGGCUUCACUGUGGAAUUGUCUCUGUUCUUUACCAUGUUAAGAUUGUCAAAACCUCUGAUCAAUCUCUGGAUAACAUCCCAGAGGUCCUGGUGGUGUUUGGUGGCCUCAUUCCAAUUGUCA